AUCUACCUUACGUGAUCGUCAUGGUACCUGCCUCGGAUCUUAUCUCUCCAGGCAGUUCCGCGCGUCUUCGUCUUCUUCAUAACCUCUUCCAAACAUCAUCUUCUUGCCAUUCAUCGUUUCAAUUAUCGCAUUUACAGAUACAAUGAAGUUCUCGCAGGCUUCUCUUCUGGCGGCUUGUCUGCCUGCUGUCUCCGCUCGCUUCAUCGAAACUGCCGAGGCCGACAACGUCAUUCUCCAGCCAGACGAGCUGUUCCUGGUCGAGACCGCCCCCGGCAAGACGCAAUGGGUGACUGAGGAGGAGAAGUGGGAGAUGCGCCGUAACGGCCAAAACUUUAUGGACAUCACCGACACACCUUCGCUCGGCUCCAAGCGCAUCAACGCUGAGAGCACGGUCACUUUCCCUAAGAAGUGCGUGAACCAGGACGAUGUCAAGAAGCUCUCCAAGAACCUCGAGAAGAAGAACAUGCAGGCCAACCUCGAGAAGUUGACCAGCUUCCACACCCGAUACUUCAAGUCCGACUACGGCCUUCAGUCCUCCGACUGGGUUCUUGAGAAGGUCAACCAGAUCAUCAAGGACGCCGGUGCUGAGGAUACCGUUUUCGCCGAGAGCUUCCCUCACACAUGGAAGCAACACUCCGUCAUUGCGACCAUCCCUGGCCAGUCUAACAGCACUGUCGUGAUCGGCGCCCACCAGGAUUCCAUCAACCUCUUCCUUCCUUCCAUCCUCGCCGCUCCAGGCGCUGAUGACGAUGGCAGUGGUACAGUCACUAUCAUGGAGGUGUUCCGCGCUCUUCUCAACUCCAAGGACGUUGUUAAGGGCAAGGCUCCCAACACCAUCGAGUUCCACUGGUACUCAGCUGAGGAGGGUGGUCUGCUCGGAAGCCAGGCUAUCUUCAAGUCGUACGAGGAGAAUGGCCGCGAUGUCAAGGCUAUGCUUCAGCAGGACAUGACUGGCUAUGUCCAGAAGACUCUCGAUGCCGGUCAGCCCGAGAGCGUUGGUGUCAUUACUGACUUUGUCGACCCCGGCCUGACUAAGUUUAUCAAGACCGUCGUUGAGGAGUACUGCAGCAUUCCUUGGGUCGAGACCAAGUGCGGUUAUGCCUGCUCCGACCACGCUUCUGCUUCCAAGGCCGGCUACCCCUCAGCCUUUGUUAUUGAGUCCGCCUUCGAGUACUCUGAUCCUCAUAUCCACGGUACCGAUGAUAGCAUUAAGUAUCUGUCUUUCGACCACAUGCUCGAGCAUGCUCGCAUGACCCUUGGUCUUGUUUACGAGCUUGGUUUCUACGACUUCUCUGACAAGACCGAGGAGAAGUGGAGUGACCUGUAAAUGACAGAUAUUGUGGAAUUGCGUUUAGAGAGCAGCAGUCUCCUUUUUGGAUGGGCCGCCUCGAUUCAGUUAUUAUGAGCAACGGAUUACAUACGAGGAUAUACGCAUAGUUAGCGUUGAAUAAGACCAUCUGUUUGAAAGUCCCUAAAAUGUGCACCUGCAAAGUACUCACUGUGAAACCCGGAAGAUUAGAAUUAUAUCAUGAAUUUCUUACAUAUAAGUUGAUUUACCCUUUUGUCUAUACCCCUAUAAAGAAAAACCCUGAGCGCCACUGAUGACCUACGAACACCCAUUGUUUACAUAUUGUCUACUGGCCCUGGCCAUUUCCAUUAUUAGGAGGCUGCUGCUGCUGUCCCCAGGGCGACUGGCCGUUCUGCUGCGCUUGCAUACUCGACAUCAACGCAGCGAAGAAUGCCGGGUUGACGAAAGAUCCACCGUUCGCAGCCUGUUGUUGACCUUGUGCAGCUGGCCACCCAGGAGGAGGUGGUGGAACAGCUGCAGCAUUGCCCUGAGCAGGUGGUUGAGGCCAACCAGGAAUUUGGAAGCCAAAGUUGGGCAUCGCUGGUGCUGCGCCUUGAGCGGGAGGUUGAGCGCCGGCCCAUGGGGAUGGAGGAACAGCUUGUUGGGCAUGCUGAGGAGCUGCCUGAGGAGGUAGCGAGUAGCCGUCUCUAGGCUGGUUGAAACCUCCUCUUCCACCACGUCCAGAACCUCGUCCACGAGCUCCACGCCCUCGAGAAUCGCCACGGCGUCCUCCUCGCUGGUGAAAGUUUCUGCUCGAUGGAGGCUCGUAUGUCUCUGUUGUAGAGGGGCCGGAACCAUAGCCAGGUGGUCGUGCUAGAGGCUUAUAGGGGCCGUCAUCGUCAUCGUCGUAGUUAAGACCUCCGUCCGGUCGCGACUCUUGUCGCAGAGGAUGAGGCUCCUUGCCUCCCCUGGCGGGGUCCUUCUUCCACUUAUCCUUCUUCUUCUGCUUGAUCGCUCGCUUAUACUCGGCCUCCUUUUCAUCGUCUGAGAACUCCAUCUCAUCAUCGCCGACUUCUUCGUCAUGAAGGUUACUGGCGUCUGAGCCCUUCAUGUUCUUUAAUGGCUCGGUAAAGACAUACGCGGCGUGGUCGGUAGGGUAGAACACUGUUUGGCCAACCUCGAGUCCUAAAUCUUUGAUAUCCUGGUCUGAUGUGAAGCGCACAGUAUACAUGGGCUGCAGAACCUUUCCGAUCGUAUCUGCAAUCGCACCGAUGACGACUCGCUCAGCUGUGCAGAGCACGGAUCCGGAAUCAAGAACUUGGUACUCGCCAGGCGUGAAUGCCUUGAUCAACAUCAUGUUCUCCACAAUGUGCUCGAUAGCUCCCAGCUCUUCAAUCUUCAUCUCAGGUGUAAUUGUAACAUCAGGCUUGGGAAUUACUUCUUCAGGAAUCUCAUUCUUUGUUCGGACCUGGGUGGUUCUUGAACCAGUAGCUCCUCGAUCGCCCUCAUCAUCAGAUCCUCCUUCAGCCUGCAUGAGCAGGCGUGCGGUCUCUUCCACGCCCAAAAGUUCGUAACCUUCGUUGUCGUCGGAGUCUUCGUCGGAGGAAUCAGAGCUGCUUGAUUCUGAGGAUGAUUCGUAUGGUGAAGAGUCGACUUCCCAUUCGGGGUUAUCGCCCUGGUCGUUCUGAAGUGGUACGGUCUCGAUAUUCUCUGUAGGAGCUGGCUGAGAAGCAGGAGUUGGGUUUAGACCGCCGAUGGCGGCCUCGAGGGCACCUGUGAGAGAAGGAGGGCUUUCGGGUUGAUCGACUGCCAUGGCAUCUGAAUCUGCGACUGAUGUGGGCUCAGCCUCAGAGGGCUUAGCCUCGGUAGCAGCAGAUGCUGAAGGCUGGUCUUUGGGGUUAUUGGGAGCAGCAUCUGUGAUCUCGGUAUCUUGAACGCUUGCGGCAGCAGCAAGAACGUCGGCGGGCAUGGGCGGAAGAGUCUCGUUGGGUUUGGCCUGUCCGAGGCCGGGGAUUUGGAAACCGGACAUGUUGUAUUGCGGGCGUUGUAUUAUAUACUGUCUUGAAUAAAACGAUAGAUGGAAGAUUACUCUUGACUCAUUGGAAACAGAUGAGAUGGUAAAAACCAAAAGACAGAUUUGAAUGCGACAGGCGCAAAAGUUAAGAUGAAGAAAAGCAGAAAGUUUCAGAGCGCCUCUUCCUC